AUGUCGCGAAACUCGCCACUUACGAUGGCCCCUCGCCACGCACACCGCUAUAUGCGCUGCAUCAUGCUCCUGCUCCUCGUGCUUCUCUCUCCCUUCACAGCCAGUGGUACCACUGUCACUGCCCCUACCACCACCACCAUUCUGCGAGGCGGCCGCACUAGCAGCAUUCUCGCAACCAACGGCCCAUCGCGCCGCGGCCCGUCGCGAGCUUCGCCGCCGCCGGCGGCGCUCGUCGCGGCGGGCCGUCGUCCGUCCGCCGCGCGUCGCCAACUAGAAGCCGCAUCGACAGAACGAGACCAGGCGGAGCGCGUCAAGCUCGCGCCCUCACAGUUUGCCCAAUGCAUGAGCGUCCCACGCGGUGCUGCUGUUGCUGCCGCCUCCCAGACUCACCUCCCCUCCCCACUUGUCUCCUCCUUCGUUGCCCCCGUGCCUUCCCCGCACCCCUCCGGGCCUGGCAGUGCAAGCGCUGCUGGCGCUGGAGCGGGAGUGGCAGGCGUGGGAGUGGGCGGAGGGGAACGGCCCGUCCGGCAAGGCGUGGUGGUGCGACGCGUGGAACAGCAACAUCGACCUCAGCGUGACGUGUGA